AUGCUACGACUAACGAAGCUUGAUACGAAUCAACUCAUAACACAAUCAGUGGCACAAUCCUUUAAACAUCCACUUGGCACACGAUGCCAUUUGUACAUACCAAGAACAUCUUCAACAUUACCCCAUGCACAUCCCCCAGAAUCUUAUGCGAAACUUGAAGAUCAAAUAGAGCAUCAAAUUGAGUUGAAGAGGUUUCUUCAGAAACAAAAGUAUCAAAACCAUCUCGAGGAUAGAAAAUGUCUUAGAAAGUUAGCCAAGGAUGAACUACGCUCCUUGAGAGAACUAGCAGUGGAAGUAUCAUCGAAAGCAAAAGGAGUUGUACCUCAAGAAACAAUUUCGGAUUCUACUGAGCAGGUGUAUGAGGCUAUACAGAAGCCAGACUUAGUAUCUGGCUCUAAUGAAACCCCGCCAAAGUAUUCUUUUCCGCCUCAGAUCAAUGAGAAGCUCGGUUUGGCAUCGACGUACUUGACUCCUACCACCGACUCUCUGGAAUUUAAACCUAAAUGGGGUCUUAUAUUGAAUCAGUUGGAAUUGAGUGGAGGCUUUCGAGAUCUAGACACUACAACUGUGCAAGCUUUCAUCAAAAUUAUACCGCCUGCUGAUUUGAAAAAGUUUUUACCACGUCUUCAUCAAAUGUGCCUUGAAGCAGGAAUAAAACUCACCCCCAAAAUUGAACUUUUUUUUUUCAAAGCACUUGCAGCUGGAGGUGAAGUAUCAUCAACCGAAAUUCAAGCUAUGGAAAACUUCUUUGAUGCCUUCAUGAACAAGAAUGAUCAAAAAAUCGAUUACUACGAAACGAUGGUUUGUGGGUAUGUGAAGAAUCGUAACAUGAAGAAGGUGGAAAAAUUGUUAAAUACAAUGCAAUUGAGGAAUGUAGAGAUUUCUCGAUCCAUACUCUCAUCGAUUCUUCAAGGGUACGUGUAUUAUGUGGGUGAUCACGAAAAGGCAUGGGAGAUAUUCAACGCUAUGAAAUUUUUGUCCAAGAAAACGCAACCUAAUCUGCGUAACUACACUGACAUGAUAUUUUCAUUUGUCAAAAGUAAUCGAUUGGAGGGAGCAUUGGAUUUAUACCAGGAAAUGUUGGACAAUAACGUGCCACUAAAUCAAAAUAUUUUAGCUUCAUUGGCGAGAGGCUGUUCAAAAAGCAAGCGAUUUGCAAUAAGAUCAUGGGAAUUCAUAUUCAGAAUAUAUGAUCAAGGAUGGCUGCCAAAUUUACAAACUUACGAAAGCAUGUUGAACGUUGCUGCAUUUGAAGGCGCUUUAGAUCUAUCAAGAGCACUAUUAUUCAAAAUGAUCCAAGGUAAUAGCGUCACCUCGAAAGCGUUGCUAUAUCUAAUGAUAUCAUAUUCCAAUUACUCGAGUGCUGAUUCAAAGAAACGAACAGGCAUUGAACUCAGUGAAAGAGGCCGACUUUUCAAGCAAAAGAUAAUGGAGGGUGUGGACUUUGCUGAAAAACAGAAUGGAUUUCCUUUUCUCCCGGUAACACACAUACCUAAUAAUGACACAGUCUUUGCCGAGGCAAGUGCCAUUGUUUCAUUUUUGAAAGAGGUCAAGCCUUGGCUUUUGACACCCCAGUUGGUAACGUCAUAUUUGAGCACGUGUAUUCGUUUGGGCUCAAUGGAGAGUUUCAAAAGUCAAUAUGAAGGUCUUACGAAAUUGGAAGUCUCUGGCAUCCCCAGAUCAGAGACUGUUCCUGUAUCAAGUGUUGGUCAUUUGGAAAUCAACCAAUACAAAAUUGCAAGGGAUACUCCCAUUUAUAUUGUUGCAUUAAAGGCAGCUGCAAAAUUCAAAGAUUAUGAUUUCGCAAAGGAGAUUCUUGAAGAGCGUGGAAAGUACAGAAAAUCGGAUGCGUUUCAAAAAAUGUCACGCAAGGCUCAGCACCUGACAGACUUUGACUUUGCCCGAGCAUUAGUAGAGUGCUUUAAAGAUCUACAGAUGUUCAAAGAUGCGUUGUCGGUGGUUCUUCUGUCAGAAGACAGGUUUUCUUGGAGCUGGAGAGAAUUGGGUGGUUUGGUGGGUGCUGUAUUGAAAGUUGAAGACUUACAAAUGGCAGAGGAGAUAAAACGCGUAAUUAGAAGCAGUAAGAAUAGACGCUAG